UUGAAGUUUGAACUGGAGGCUUGGACGCAUUCCCAUUUCCGAUUAUUUUAAAUAUUUUAUUGUUUGGUCUUCUAUUACUUUUCAAUUUUCAUCUAAUUUGAUAAACAGUGAGUAUAGUUUAAACAAAAAAAAAAAAAACAGUUUUUCCAUUUUUAAAAUACCCAUACACGCAUCCAGUAUAUAAGAAGAGAUAAAGUGUAUACUUGUAAUUUUUAGUUUUCGAUGGUUUUAUGUGUAUUUCUGUGUAAAUACCGUAGCGAAAUUAAAACGAACAGUGAAUAUGAAAGAAACUGUGUUCUUGCUUCAUUAACGCAAUUGUUUUAAUAAUGGAGUCCUGUUGUUCGAGAUUCACGGCAGCGGAGGGCGGAGCCCGACUCGCCGCGGCCGCUGGUGCUAAGAACAUCAUGAUCACCGAACACACCAACUUUAUACCCACCAGCUUGUUGAUUGAGCACGCUCAUAGGAUACGGGGCUCACUAAAAUCUGGUUAUCAACGUUCCAUAUACCUAACGAGGGCUUCCAAGAUUGACUGCAUAGCACACGAGUUGAAGAUAUUGACCGAUUUGGUGAUCAGCGGUGUUAAGAGUUAUGAUGAUGUACAGGACUGGAGGCAGGAGCUGGAGGAGAAGCAGGUUAUAGUGUGUACAACGUCGGUAUUCAAACAAAUCCUCGUGGGAAAUAUGUUGGACAUGCUAAAAAUUAAUGUUCUCAUCAUAGACAGUUGCCAUUUAGUGUUUAAAGAUGACAAUCUGAGAUAUAUAAUGAAACUAUACAAAAACUGUGAUGUUUAUGAAAGACCAAGGAUAUUAGCUAUGACGUACCCUCUGUUCCAAUCAUCGAGAGAUGAUGAAGAUGGGGCUUAUGGCAAUGAACAAACGAAUGAUGAAUGUGAAAAACACGAAGGUGUUAAUGAAAUAUCCAAUGAUACCAUUAGUGACGACGUAAUGCAAAGCGAGAAAGAAAUUAAUGAUAUUAAUGAUAAUUCUAAUGACAUUAGGAUAGAUGAUAAUGCGAAUGAUAGAGAAAAUAAUGAAUGUGCGAAUAAUGAAAUGAUCAAAGCGUCUGAUGGAGGGAGCUCCAGUGAUAUCAAAGAAUAUAAAGGAAGUGAUGGUAGUGAUGAAAUUUGUGAAAGAAUUGACGUGGACAUUACCACAGAUAAUAAAAGAGAUAGUGAAAAUUUACAAGAACAUGAUGAUGAUAAAAAUAGCAAAAGCACUGUUAAUUAUGAAGAUACACCUGAUCUAGAAGUAAAAGAAACAGUUACUCGUGAUGUUAAAAACGAAUAUGACGAUACAGAAGGAUUUAAUGACAAAGACAGUGAAAUAAAAGAUAAUGAAACUAACAAUCCCAAAAUAAGUGAUACAUCAAUCAAUGAUAUAGAAUCUAGAGAGAGACCACAAAUUAUAGACGUGAACGAUUUAGGAAACAGCACCAAUGGAAUAGAAUUAAAUUCCAACGACUGUGAUGUUACAAACGACGCAAACAAUCAGGGUAGAGUGACAACCGCCAAGGAGAUGGCGGUAUACGAGAAUUCGGACGAUUUCGAGAUGUACGAGAAGUUGGAGUGGAGGCUGGAGGAGUUGGAGAGGGAGUUGUGCUGCGAAAUGGAUCUAGCCGAGGAUAUAGAUGGUGGGAAAAGGUUAUCACCAUCUAUAACGAAACCGAAGGAGGUGAUAAUAGAGUUCGAGAAGGCGCCGAGGGAACCCUCCGAUAGUUACAUACAACUGGAUAAGUUUAUGAGAGACACAAUAAAUGAGGCUAUGGAAUUCAUUAAUGAGCAUCGAUACGACCCGACGGAAAUAUACGGGGAGGAGCUGUAUGAAGAAUUCAUGAACAUACCGCACCCCACCAUAGAACCGAAGCAACUGUUUCAUCAGUUCCUGUUCGUAUUGGACGAAUUGGGUCCCUACGCAGCGGACAAAGCAGCGUUUUCGUUGCUCAGCAGGUUAGAAAAGCUGAAAAUCAAAGUUCCAUACGAGAGACACUUUUUACUACUCUGCCUAUGUACGUCUGUCUUUGUAAAGAUUCGAUGUUAUGCUGAUCUGAUAUUCUCGAGCUGCACGUCAGAUUGGGAGAAGCUGACGUCGUUUUCAACACCAAAAGUGCUCAGGUUCGCGGCCAUUUUGGAAGAAUUUCAACCGGAGAGCAACGAUAGAGUCAAUGAUGAUAAACCCAACGAAGAUAAUAAAAUGGAGAGAGUUGAUGAUGUAGUUAAUGAGAGCAAUGAUGCUACAGCAAAUGGAAUUGAUAGGAAUAUAGUAGAAAGUGUAUGUGAUAUACAAGAUAGCUGUAAGGCUGUUGGAAAUAAUGAUGCUACAAUUAAUGAUGGAGUUAAUGAAGGGAAACCAAUUGAUGAUUCGGAUGGUGGUUUAAAUGAAAAUGCAGAUAUAGUUAAUGAAGAUGAUGCAAAUAGAAAAGGAAUGAAAAGGUCGAAAACAAUAGAACUUCUAGACGAGAUUAAUGAAUGUAAUUUCGCUGCUCUCGGCGAUAAAAUUGAAGACCGAGUGAAUUUGAUCGAAAUGAAUCUAAAAGAUAUCAUUAAUGAAGAUGAGGAUGCUAAGAAAACAAUUUUAAAUAGCGAAGACGUGUGCGAUAACGCUUUAGAUAAAGAAUCAUCUAGAGUUAACAACAAUGAAUAUGCAUCUAAUAAAGAUGACACUGAAACAAAUAACGUAUCAGAAAAUGACAGCGCUACAGACGAAAAUAACAGUGAAUUCAUACGCGAAAACAGUGAAAUAGCAACUAACAGUGAUAACGCAACCGGCAACUUAAACGAUAACAGUGAAGUAACUAACAGUGAUACCGCAAGACAUGAUAACAGUGAAGUGACAAAUAACAGUGACAAAGUGGACAGUGUUGGUGAAGCGAAAGUGUUCAAACGCGGCAGAGGCAGGGGGCGCGGUCGGCCGAGAGUGAACACUAAGGUGCAGCAACAGCAGAACUCUGACUCGCUCUGUGGGAUCGUGUUCUUGAAGGAGCCGCUGAUGGCUAAGAUACUUUUCAUGAUCAUUGUGGACAUGUCACGCUCACGGGGCUCGCUGGCGCACCUGUGCGCGCAGUACUGCGCCGUGGAGGGGGCGGACGAGCCGCGCGAGAGCCAGCGCCAGGGGAGGAAGCAGGAGGACGUGCUGAAGAAGUUUCGGAUGCACGAAUGCAACCUGCUCCUAGCGACGUCUGCCUUGGAGGAGGGCAUAGAUCUGCCACGAUGUAACUUGGUUGUAAGAUGGGACGUGCCAUCUUCGUACCGAUCCCACGGGCUGUGCCGCAGCCGGGCGAGAGCCAGCAAGUCGUCAGUGGCGCUUCUGGCGGACGCCGACCGACACAGCUCCCUGCUGGUGCGCCACUUGGCAGUGUACAAGGAGUUGGAUCAGAUCGUAACAAGAAAAUGUGGGUGUGGUAUUCAGAACGAACCGACUUCUGAAGAAGAAAUCGAGGCGGAUACCUACACACAAUAUGUUAAAGCGUACACUCCCAAAGAUGAUGUUUAUGAUAAAAGCAUGAAUGAUGAUAUGGCUGAUGAUGGUGUCAUUAAUAUUGAAAAGCAAACUAAGGAGCUCGAUGAAGUCAAAACUAAAGCUAAUGAUACUGAUGUGAUAGUUGGGAACAAUGAAAAUGAAAUUAAUGAUAAACAUAAAGAUGCCCAAGCUAAUAAUGAUGCUAAAGUGAAAGGUGAUAAUGACAGAAAUGAUGAUGUGAUUAAAAUUGAAGAUAGAGAAACAGCGGUUCAAAGUGACAAAGUGUCGGAUAGUACUGUAGACGUUUUAGAUUUCCGAGACGGUGGUAAAAUUAGUGUUCAAAGUGUCACACACACCAAAUCAAGUGCGAAUAACGGUGAAAGUGUAAAUUUAAAAGUGAGCGAUGGUGUGUGCGCAUGUAAAAGUGAAGCAAAAAUCGGGAGUGAUUUGAAAGUGAGCUAUGAAGUGGAGACGAAGGGGGAUGUUGCUGCGAGCGUGGAUUUAAAUAGUGCUAUCGCUUUGAUUAAUCGGUACUGUGGUAAACUACCAUCCGACACGUUCACACGGCUGGCGCCCCAAUGGUGGAUGGAGCAGGUUCAACUCCCGAUGGGUGAGAAAACGCAAACCGCGUAUAUAUGCACGCUGCGCAUGCCCCUGAACUGUCCCGUGAAGUAUAACAUUGUGGGUCACCCGAUGCCAACACGGGUGCUAGCCCGACGGAUGGUGGCGCUGCAGGCUUGCAGGAUCCUGCACAAGUCUGGGGAGCUGGACGAUCAGCUUAUGCCGAUAGGCAAAGAAAACUUCAAGGCGGCCGAACUGGACUCGAAUAUAAGCACUGAGUUUUCGGACAACGGUGAUUCAGCAAGACCCGGGACGACUAAGCGAAGGCAGUAUUAUUAUAAACGGACAGCCUGGGCUUUCACGGACUGUCAGCCGAUCAUUGACACUACGGAUGCGGAAAUCGAAGCGAACCCGGUGCCCCAGCAUGUACCGGUGACAGGGAACGGCAAGCGCAACACGCUGCACGCGCUGGUGUCGGGGCUGUGGUGCGCGCUGCCGGAGCGCUACAACACGCGCGGGCGCCGCCUGCACCUGCCGCAGCACGCGGCGCAGGCGCUCGGCGUGCUGCUGCGCGCCGAGCCCGACCGAUUACAAAUCCCCGCGUUCCCGGUGUACACGAGGUCGGGCGAAGUGCGCGUGUCGGUCGAGCCGGCGCUCGAGGCGGACGUGCGGCUGUCGCCCAGGCGGGACAUGCUUAUACGGCGAUUUAUGCGAUUCGUAUUCUCUGACGUGCUGCGCGUGCGCCGGCGCGGUAUGAAGUUGGAGACGGAGGGAUCCACGCAAAACAAUUAUUAUAUUGUGCCUACUGUAAAAAGGACAAAACCGGACGGCACAACUAUGGUUGACAUAGACUGGGCUUUCCUUGAACUGAUAUAUAAACAUACGGAAGAUAAGAAACGUGAAGAGCUGUCAUGGAAGGACAAUGGGGUUGAUAAAACUGGCGAUAAAACUGUGGAUAAAACUGGAGAUAAAACUGGAGAUAAAAGUGUGGAUGACAGUGCAGAUGACACAGUUGAUAAAACUAUGGAAAAUGCAGUGGAUAAAGUGGCGGAUGUAACGGUUGAGAAAAACGUGAAAGUUGCAGCGGAUACGAUUGGGGAUGCUGUUGUUGAUAAGAGUGUGGGCAAAACAGUAGAUAGGCGGGUUGAAAACGAUCACACAGCUUCAAGGGAAUCCUUGCACGGGAGGAAGGGGAUUGAUAAAAAUGGGGAUAAAAGGGGGGAUAAAACUGUGGAGAAGCGAGUGGAAAAUCCACUGCUGGCGCCCGGGGAGGUGUUCAAAUUUGACCCGCAGAAAUACAGCGAGGCCGUCGUUACACCCUGGUACAGGAAUCAGGAUCAGCCUCAGUUCUUCCUAGUGGCGGAGAUAUGCUGGCACCUCACGCCCGACUCGUCGUUUCCGUCGGACCAGCACGCGACCUUCCGGUCCUACUACAGGGCGAAGUACGGCGCGGAGCUGACGCAGAGCGACCAGCCGCUGCUGGACGUGGACCACACUAGCGCGAGGUUGAAUUUACUGACGCCGAGGUACGUGAACCGCAAGGGCGUGGCGCUGCCCGUGUCGUCGGAGCGCACGCGGCGCGCCAAGCGCGACCGGCUCGACCAGAAGCAGAUCAUGGUGCCCGAGCUGUGCCGCGUGCACCCGUUCGCCGCGCCGCUGUGGGCCGCCACCGUGGCGCUGCCCUGCGUGCUCUACCGGAUAAACGCCCUGCUCAUAGCGGACGAAAUACGCCGCGCUGUAGCGGUGGACGUGGGUCUGGGCAUACCCCGGAUAGAUGACGAGACGUGCCCCGGAUUCACCUGGCCCCCGCUGGACUUCGGCUGGAGCCUGGCUGAGGUGCUCAGCGCCGAUUCGGAGAAGCACGAUAAGAAGAGAGACACAGAAGACUGGAGUAAAAACGAUGAACCGGAGAAGGAAGAAGUGAUGGAAGAACGGGUGACAACCGAGAAGAGUGAAGCAGAGCCGGAAGAAGUGAGGGAGAAGACGAUUAACGAUAUACUGCAGGAGAAGGAAGACGCCGAGAGUGGCUUCGAGAUAGGCACAUGGAGUAACGACAUGGCGUCCUCCAUCCCGCCCACGCCCGACGAGUUCAGCGAGCCGCUGCCCCACAACGUCACCCUGUGCACGUCCGCUACCGGUGGCGUGAAUUGGUCGGAGCCGAUACAGAAGCCGAAGGCGUUCAACGCGGGACGGACGUUUUCCAUGGCGGACAGCGAUUGCUCCUACAUGUCCAGUGAUUUCGAUACGGACGACUCGGAUCUCAACACCGAGGGCAGUGACGACGACUCGGAGGGAUUCUGCAGCAGUAAAAACACGAAUGCGGCCAUGGGCGUGCGCAUAGAGUACAAGACCGCGCACGAGGCGGAAGCGGUGGACGUCGAACGGAAGCGGCCCGUCGCGCCGGCGCCCAGCCCGGACGCGGCGGACGCGGCGCGGGACCUCGCCCAGUGUCGCCGCCUGCUCAGGGGGGGCAGGCCGCCCGCGGAGCAUAUCGAGAAAUUUAGAAAAUCGGUGGAAAUACACGAGAGGGAGAUAAUUGAAAACGGCCAUUUAAUAACCAAAGAUAAACCCAUUGUUGAUUUGUUACCAGACGUCAGAGAAACAGAUAAACAAAUAAACAACGACAUUGUUAAAAUCGUUAUUGAUAAGAAACAAGAAAUUAAAGUAAAAUAUGUUUCCGAACAUAAAAAAGAUGAAGUUUCACUUCACAAAGAUUUAAUAAUCGAAGAAGCUUCGUUCGGAAAUCCAACAGACAAUAAAGAAAAAGCAUCUAUGAAAAGUAUAGACAUAGAUUCUAUAAAAGAUCUAUCUAAAGACAAUAUAGAUAAUAACUUAGUUACAGAUGGUAUAAAAGAUUCAGAUAGCACCGUAAAAGAUAGAUUAAUGCACGUAGACAAUAAAGCCAUAAUAAAUGUUCACGUAAACAAAUUAAUUGAAUUACAUCCAUAUUUAAAUGGCGUUCAAUUACAAAACGGACAGAUAACACUCGAAUCCAUAGAGAGGAACAAACGGAAACUGCUCGCCGAAUUGAAGGGAUCCCUAACGGAUGCGGAAAUAAAGAAACUCAACUGUUUCUCUAUGAAGGACAUCGAUAUAGAUGCGCCUGAUUACGUCAACGAGAAGAUCGUCAAUGUCGGCUUCGAUAGUAAGGAGAGAUACGCGAAGGUCGCGAGCGAGUGGCGCGACGCGGGCGAAUCUCGACCUUAUUACAUGGACGGUGCGUGUCAGAGUUGCAAGGAGUUCGAUUUCGAUUAUCAACCGAACCUCGAGGGGCACCCGGGGCCAAGUCCUAGUGUUAUAUUGCAGGCGUUGACGAUGUCGAACGCGAACGACGGCAUCAACCUGGAGCGGCUGGAGACGAUCGGCGACAGCUUUCUGAAGUUCGCCAUAACCGCCUACCUGUACUGCGCGCACCCGGCCGUGCACGAGGGCAAGCUGUCGCACAUGCGCAGCAAGCAGGUAUCGAACCUGAACCUGUACCGGCUGGGCCGCAACAAGCGGCUCGGCGCGCGCAUGAUCGCCUCCAAGUUCGAGCCGCACGACAACUGGCUGCCGCCGUGCCACAAGCCGCCGCCCACGCUGCAGCCGGGCGCCAGUGAUGAUCAAGAGGCCAAGGAGAAGAGCGUGAAAAUGCCGGUCGACAAUACAGGAUGUUUCAUUCCGUACAACUUAAUUACGCAGCACAGUAUACCGGACAAAUCCAUAGCGGACUGCGUGGAGGCCCUUAUUGGGGCGUACCUGCUCGAGUGCGGCCCGCGCGGGGCGCUGCUGUUCAUGUCCUGGCUGGGGAUCCGCGUGCUGCCCCGCCACCUGGUGCCGCUGCCCGACGACCACCCCUACGUCGUGAAGAGGAGCGCCACCGUGGAGCCGCCGCCCGACGACUGGGGCUGGCGCGCGCGCCGCGUGGGCAGCCUGCGCCCGCGCCGCGACGCUAGCGGCCGCUGGCUGCAGCCAAUAUUCGGUGAGCUGAAAGCGCCCCCCUCCCCCCUCCUCCGGUACAUAGACGACCCAGAGGGGGAGCUGGAGCAAAUGCUGUCAGGUUACGAGGAGCUGGAGAGGACGCUGCAGUACCGGUUCCGGGACAGGUCGCUGCUGCUGCAGGCGCUGACGCACGCGUCGCACCAGAAGAACCGCCUCACCGACUGCUACCAGCGGCUGGAGUUCCUCGGCGACGCUAUCUUGGACUACCUGAUCACGCGGCACCUGUACGAGGACGCGCGGCGCCACUCGCCCGGCGCGCUCACCGACCUGCGCUCGGCGCUCGUCAACAACACCAUAUUCGCCACGCUCGCCGCGCGCCACGGCUUCCACAAAUACUUCCGGCACAUGUCGCCCGGUCUCAACGAGGUGUUGACAAAGUAUGUUAAAAUACAAGAGGAGAAUGGGCACUCUAUUAGUGAAGAGCACUAUUUGAUUCAAGAGGACGAAUUGGAGCAGGCCGAGGACGUGGAGGUGCCGAAGGCCCUCGGCGACCUGUUCGAGUCCGUGGCGGGUGCGAUAUUCCUGGAUUCCGGCAUGUCGCUGGGCGCGGUGUGGCGCUCGUACGCGCGGCUGAUGGUCGCCGAGCUGGACGCGUUCAGCGCCGCCGCGCCCAAGUCGCCCGUGCGCGAGCUGCUCGAGGCCGAGCCCGACACCGCCAAGUUCGGCAAACCGGAGCGGCUGGCGGACGGGCGGCGCGUGCGCGUGUGCGUCGAGGUGUUCGGGCGCGGCACCUUCAAGGGUGUCGGCCGGAACUACCGCAUCGCCAAGGGCACAGCCGCCAGGUGCGCGCUGCGGCACCUGCGCGGGUGCCGCGUCAGAUAGGGGACGGCGGAUGAAAAAUUAAUGAAAUGACUGUUCAGAUGUUUUGUUUAUUUUCUGUGUAAUAAUUGUGUUAGAGAAUUGAUUAUUAUACGUAAUUUGUGAAUUUCAAUGUAUUUUACACGUGAAUUUGGUGUUUAACCAUUGAUCAACAAUAAAGCUGUAUAUACAAUCGUCGUCAAGUGUCUGAGCUACAAGUGUACGCAAUCUGAGAUUUGGGCCGAGUUUAUAAUGUUUUUUGAUUUUUCGCUUGUGCUUUGUAAUUCCGACAUUACUUGAAAACUAAUAAGGUUGAAUUUAUUUUAUUUUAUUAUUGCUUUUGGUUCGUUAUUUUGCGAUUGCACCUCCGAUCAAUGCUGAUAAGGUUGAUUUCAGCAUUUUUUUCUUUGACUAGAAUUUUGAUAAUCACAUUUUAGUACAUUUGGAAGUAAAUUUUUGUAGGGGAAUAUGUAUCUAUUGUCAUGGUUGAUUGAAGUGUUUAACACGUAUGAGAAGCUUAGUUUAAUAAGAGAAGAAAGAAGGAUGAGACUAUUGUAAGAGCCACACUUGACUAUGUUUGAUUAAAUAAGUAAGGAUGUCGGACGGCACUACCGCAUCGCUAAAUGUAAAGCCGCGAGUGUAUUGUGCGGCACCUGGUGGGGUGCCGCGUCAGAUAGGGGACGUCGGAUGAAAAAAUAGGGAAACGAUAAACGAUUUUUUUUAGAAUAAUGGAAGAUGAUGACAACAACGAAAGUGAUCAGUGAAAAUGUAUAAAACAUAGUUCUAAUGACAUUUCCUUGUUUUUUUUUCUAUUAUUAUUGUAUAAUUCGUAAUAUAAGUGUAUGAAUUGUAAACAUAUUUUAAAUGUCUCUCGCGUAGGUAAGGUAAAUGCCGUAAUCUACUAUAUAAAAAUAAGUCGGGUUUUCCCUCUUGACGCUAUAAC